AUGACUCGAGUUGUCACAAGUGGCACUCAACCAAUUUACCAGAAACCUUAUCGUCUUCCAUAUGCACAGAAGAAAGAAAUAAAUGAACAAAUAAAACAACUAGAACAAAAUGAAAUAAUAGUCCCCUGUGAGAGCCCUUGGAACGCUCCACUUCUUAUUGUCCCGAAGAAAAUGGAUGCUUCAGGAAGUAAAAAAUACAGAGUCGUGGUAGAUUUCAGAAAGUUGAAAAAUAUCACAGUAGGUGACGCGUUUCCGAUGCCUGACAUAACAUCAAUUUUGGAUCAGCUAGGGAAAGCGAAAUACUUCUCCUGUCUUGAUUUAGCUAGCGGUUAUCACCAAAUUGGAAUUCAUCCAAGGGAUAUGGAAAAAACAGCUUUCAGUACGAGUGAAGGUCAUUAUGAGUUUAAGAGAAUGUGCUUUGGUCUAAAAGGGGCCCCAGCAACAUUCCAAAGAUUAAUGAACAGAGUAUUGAAUGGGAUCAACGGCUCAAGGGCAUUUGUGUACUUAGACGAUAUAAUUGUUAUUGGUGCAACUCUUCAAGAACAUACAACACGUCUACGUGAAGUGUUUGAAAGACUAAGGCAAUAUAAUUUACAACUCCAGCCUCCAAAGUGCGAAUUUUUGAGGAAGGAAGUGAAUUAUCUGGGACAUGUUAUCACAGAAAACGGCGUGAAGCCCGAUCCAAAGAAAAUUGAAUGUAUAGUUAACUAUCCGGUACCCGAUAACAUGAAGAAAAUCAAAUCUUUCUUAGGGUUAAUAGGGUAUUAUAGAAAAUUCAUAAAGGAUUUUAGCAAAAAGGCCAAGCCUCUGACUAACUUAUUAAAGCAAAAUCAACCAUUCGUCUGGUCAGAUAGCUGCGAAGACUCUUUCCUUUUCUUUAAGAAUAUUUUAACAAAUGAACCAAUAUUGCAGCAUCCAGAUUUUGAUAGACCAUUUAUCGUAACAACAGAUGCGAGCAAUACAGCUAUUGGAGCAAUUCUUUCACAAGGAAAAAUUGGAACUGACCUACCUAUCACAUACGCUUCGCGUACUCUGAACAAAGCUGAAAAGAACUACAACACCACAGAAAAGGAGUUGCUAGCGAUAGUCUGGGCAGUAAAACAAUUCAGACCGUAUUUAUAUGGUCGGAAAUUCACAGUGGUUACUGAUCAUAAGCCACUAACCUGGCUAUUUGGGGUCAAGGAUCCAGGAGCUCGUUUGGUUAGAUGGAGAUUACAGCUGGAAGAGUUUGAUUAUGAUGUCAUAUAUAAACCAGGUACUCAGAAUACAAAUUCAGACGCUUUAAGCAGAAUAUCAAAGGUAAACGCAUUGUUACACUCAAAUUACUACAAACAAAAGUCCUAUCAACAAUUCACCGAAGAGGUACAAACGAAGCUGAUCACAAACCCUAAUGUUAUUGAAGUACAAGGGGAUUUAUUCGAAACCUCAAAAGACAUUGCAUUGGGACAUUGCGUGUCCAAGGAUUUCAAGAUGUCUCAAGGGAUAGCUUUGGAAUUUAGGCGUAAAUUUGGUCAAAUUGAUAAUUUAACGAGUCAAAAUAAAGAAGUAACAGAAAUAGCAAGCAUUCAACACAACGAUCAAAAUAUCUUAUAUAUAAUUACAAAGAAUCAUCACCAAGAAAAGCCAACUUACGAAACAUUUUACCAAGCAAUAAAAAACCUAAGAACAUUUUGUGAAGAAAACCAAAUCGAAAGACUGGCCUUACCAAAAAUUGGUAGUGGACAUGACCAGUUAAAUUGGGAUCAAGUCCGCACAAUAUUACGUUACGUUUUUAAAAAAUCAAAAAUUAAACUUAUCAUCUAUGUAGAUACUACAUAUUCGGAACAGGAGAAACAAAAUAUAAUAAAGGAAUUCCAUCUGACACCUUUAGGGGGACAUCAGGGAAUUUCCAAAACUGUUAAAAGAAUUAAACUACAUCAUUCGUGGAAAGGUUUAAAGAACGACGUUAUUGAGUACGUAAAAAAAUGUACCUCAUGUCAAAUGAACAAAAGUAGCAACCACAGCAUUCAACAGCCGAUGGUAGUUACCACAACUGGGUCAAAACCAUUUGAGAAGAUAUUCUUGGACAUUGUAGGGCCAAUUGAUACUUCGUUGGAAGGGAACGCGUACAUUCUUACGAUCCAAGACGAUCUUACAAAAUUCUCAGUUGCUACACCAUUACCCAACCACACUGCUAAUACUAUCGCAAAGGCCUUCGUAGAGAAAUUUGUGUGCCUUCAUGGUAUACCAGAUUCUAUUCUUACAGAUCAGGGUCCAGACUUCUUAAGUAAAAUAUUCCAAGCAUGUUGCAAGCUACUUCAAAUAGAAACUUUCAAGACUACAGCUUACCAUCCACAGUCCAAUGGAGCUCUUGAACGAUCUCACCGUACAUUAACGGAGUACCUGAGACAUUUCGUUAGUGAACAGAAGCAAAAUUGGGAUCAGUAUAUAGCUUAUGCAAUGUUUGUGUACAACAAUUCAAUACACGCAACAACAGGUUAUCAACCAUAUGAGUUGGUAUACGGAAGACAAGUUGAGGUACCUCAUUCCUUGAGUCGCAACCCUCAGCCAUGUUAUAAUUAUGAUGACUAUAAUUUUGAACUACGUAAGAAACUUCAAGAAUCACACAAGUUAGCUCGAGAUAAGAUUAUAAAAACAAAAGAAAAGGCAAAAACAAAUUACGAUAAAAAUGAACACAGCAUAAAUAUCAAUGUAGGGGAUAAAGUACUUACGAAAGAUCAUACUCAAAAAGGAAAACUUAGCCCUAAAUGGAAAGGACCAUUUGAAGUCAUCAGCAUUCACGACAAUCAAAAUGUAUCCAUACAACGAGGACGUAAAAAAGUAGUAAUACACAAAAACGAAUUGAAAAUUUUUAACUCAUAA